AUGUCCAACGUCCUCUGUUACAGCCCAGGAUUACAAUCUCCAGGACCCUGGGCUAUUGAUCUCAACGUGGAGUCUCACAAAUCUGCCCUCAUGACCAGGAUCCUGGAAAGCAAGGGGAAUAACGGCCCGAACGACCAAAAAGGCUGCAUCCGUCAUCAUCAGCCGUGCAUCUUGUGUACAUCAUCCUCGAUUGCCGAAGACUAA